GAGCGAAAAUUCUCGAAUUCGCAAGGUAUAAAACCGGAGUAGCUGCCGGCCGGCGAGUCAGUAUCAAAACUGUCAACGAGGAAGGCGAAUCGGACAAAUCUUCGUUAAUAACUUUAAUUUUAAACAAAACGGAAAAAAAGUUUUUGAGACAUUUUGAGUGCUGCAAGUGACGAGAAUUUAAAAAUAUGGCUCUGGUUCCAACCCUGUUCCGUGAUUGGUGGGAAGAUCUGGAACGUCCUCAUCGACUCUUGGAUCAAAAUUUUGGCUUGGGCUUAACUCGGGAUGACUUGAUGAACACCAUGGCUAUUCCAUCCUUCAGGGGAUACUAUCGUCCUUGGCGCAACCUCCUAGACCAAUCUGGCGGUGUCGCCAAAAUUCAAGAUGACAAGGACAAAUUUCAAGUUAUCCUCGACGUCCAACAAUUCGCCCCGAACGAAAUUACUGUGAAGACAGUCGAUAAUAACACCAUCGUCGUGGAGGGAAAACACGAAGAAAAGAAAGACGAGCACGGUUUGGUCUCGAGACAAUUUUUGAGGCGCUACGUUCUUCCCCAGGGCCACGACAUAGGACAAGUCCAGUCCACUCUUUCAUCGGACGGAGUAUUGACCGUUACAGCACCAAAGUUAUCUUUGCCAGCACCCGGGGAAAAAAUAGUCCCCAUUCAGCAGUCGUCAGCUCCUGCCAUUAUGUCUACAUAAAUUUUCAAAGCUCAGGAUUUAAAAAUCACCCUGGCGGUGACGAUUUGAAUGUCGAAUGAUUUUGUAAUAAGUCUUAGCUUCUUGUCUUUUUAUUUUCGAUAGAGUUGUUCAGAUCUAAAAUGUAUGUUGUAGAAUGAUCGAUAAUGCGUGUGAUGGAGAUGUCAAUGUAAUGAAAAUAAUGUACAUUUUCGUGAGAAUUUAUUUUCUCUAGCGUGAAAAGUAACAUGUUCAAAAAUGUUGAAAAGCGUUUUAUUUUCAAGAGACAACUUGAGAAAACUUUUUAUCUUACUGACUAUAUAGACUGUUAUCUCAUUGUAAUUAUAUUUUUUUCUAGCGUGAAAAUAAAUAUUUAAUGUAUUAACAAAUGUUAAACCGUGGUUUUUUCAAACCGUAACUGAGGGAAACCUUUAAUAUUGACUUAAUAUAGAAACUGUUAUAAAAAAUGGGGUCAUUUCAUUACAUCGUCUUGUACUGAAAUUUUCAAAGUAUUAUAAGUAACUUUGUCUCACUAUUUAGCCUCAUAACUCAUGAGCUUCAGUUUUCAGCGAUGAACUCUGCAGCUUAAUAAACGUACGUUUUUCAUUCAAUAAAAGUUCUAAAAUGUA